UCGGCGGGUGCGCUGGAAAGUGGGUGUGCAUGUUCACCGGUUUUCAUAUCUCAUUUGGAAUGAUAUCGUGCGUUACAAAUCUCAAAAGAUGUAGAAUUUUGAUCAAGUGAUACUAAGUAACAUAACCAGUGAAAACCGUCAACGUGGAUUAAACGAAGUUCCAUUUGUGAAGACCACUGGCACGUCACGAUGAGGCGAUUUCACUUGAAAGAUCUGAAGAUUAUUCUCCGACGGAAAGUACGAGGAAUAUACUUCCUCUACUUAGGUAUUCUACUGACAAUCCCGGCUCUGUUUCUUUUGGAUAUGUCUGGUGCUUAUGAGUACGCAAUGCAGACACCUUUCACCCAUUUCCGAUACCCUCUUGAUGUCGACAUGGUCAGUGUUGUGCGCGUUGUGAAACAAAAUGGCUAUCCUGGUCUGCAGCCAGUCAACAAGUACCCAUUCAGGGAAGUUAUUACAAACAAUCACAUAUGUGACGAGGUAACUGACGGGAAAAUAUUUUUGUUGUAUGCUGUGAAAUCUGCAGUUGACCACUUUGAGCGGCGCAUGGCAAUUCGUAAUGCCUGGGGAGGGGAAAGAGUUCUGGGCAAGACUAUUCGAACAGUGUUUCUACUUGGAACCAGGUACUACCAGGUCAAUCUUCAGGACAAAGUCCUUGCAGAAAAUGAGAAGUUCGGGGACUUAGUCCAAGACGAUUUCUCUGAUGAAUAUUUCAAUAAUACCUUCAAAAUGAUGAUGGGCUUUCGAUGGGCGACAACCCAUUGUCGGAGUGCUAAAUAUAUCCUUUUUGUAGACGAUGACUUUUACAUAUCAUCGCAGAAUCUCGUGCAGUAUUUAGACCAUGUCCGUGACGAUAACCUUAUCGCUGGGUUUAUUUGGAACAAAUCCUUUCCAAUGCGUCAUCGCGUUAGUAAGUGGUACGUCUCGCUUGCGGAGUACCCGUUCACCCAUUGGCCACCAUAUCCAACAGCCGGUGCUUAUGUCAUCUCGAUGAAGACCGCUAUCAAUUUCAACAUCGCUUUCCAUUAUACAAAAUACAUGCGGUUCGACGACGUCUUUGUUGGCAUUGUUGCCUGGAAGUUGCACAUUAAGCCUGUUCAUCACAAUGCGUUUCAUUUUUAUAAAGUUGACCCUUUAAGGAAGGAAUAUCUUAAUACUGUUGCUUCACACGGAUACGAAGAUCCUGACGAACUCGUAAAUGUUUGGGAGGCCCAUCGGGAGCUUUUGAAGAAGGUGUCGCGAAUAUCAAAUCAGGCACCAAGAAGCUGAUAAACGAUUGUCAAUAUUGGCGUGCCAGUAUCACCAACUGCAUGUAUUAUCAGAACCAUUCUUUCCAUUUUUGUCAACAUUUGUUAUCCUUGUUUAUCUUUUUAAAUCAGGUGCUGUUUUGAGAUUUACAAAUAUGUCUCAUUUGUUGGGGUUGUUUUUUUCUCUGCAACAUCCUUGAUAAUUGGAAAUCUAUUUCAAAACUACUUUGAGGGACCACCCAAAAACAAAUUAUGUCGAACCCUUGAAUAUCAAAUUUCUGCAUCCUCUUGCAAACAGGGUCUACAACACGACUUCUCCUUACGCAUGUUUGAGGGAGUAAAUAUGUAUCGAGUGAAAUGAUCUGAAAUUGUCGGGAUGAAUUCCCUGAUGCUCAAGCGGUUGUCUUGCUACAGGCCUUAUGAACGAUGUAGUCUAAAGGUCUGUGUUAUCUUUUUGUGAUUUUGGCAUUUACUUGGGCCAUUGUACUUCGUUGCUUUAAUAAGGCUUACAAAACCUGCCUAUCGAGUCUGAAGUGCAAUAAUGUUUGCAGGUGGUGGCUUUUCAUCAUACAGCCAAACAUACAUACUAUAAUAGGAAGAGAUCAAAAUAGUCAUCAAUGCACUUGUUAUGUCAUGCAUUUUUAGUCGGUCUACAUAAUGUAAUUUGAGAAUGAGAGUUCACUGGUCAUUGGUGCUUAUGUCAUCAGUUGAUAGUUACUUAAUCUCAUUACUUUUUUCCCUGUGGGACGGCCUUUAAUCAAAAUGAUAUCAAUUAUGUUUCGAGAUCCGACCACAACUUAAGGCCAGAGGGAAACAUCUUACACAAGAUUAUUAAAACAUGAUAUGCAUAUUUUUUUCAAUUCCUUAUUUCACAAUGUUCUGUAUUGCAUGUUAUUCUGUGUUCCUGCAAACUAUGCAGGGCCAUUCUGUCUUGUUUAUUUGCAAUGUCUGUUUAAGAAAAUUUGGCAAUUUGGUUUUUCGACCAUCCGUUGUAAGUCAUAGAGGUGCCAUUUAUGAUAACCUCGUUGCAAUUAACAUAUUAAUAAUGGACUCUGUGCGUGUAUGUGUACUGCCUGCAUGGUUAUAAUUGUAUCGCCUUACCUCACAUAGUUUUUUGGUUUGGUGGCAUGAGAAGGCCCGAGACCCACCAAAGCCCCACAUUACCUACCUGGCAAUGCCUGGUAGAGAUCUGUGUUCUUCUCAUAUGAAUGUGGAAGUGUGCAAUGUUAUAUACAUCAAAACCUACAGGUGUGUGAUCAAGUGCAAGUGAAAUUGAAAUUGAAUUUGUUGUGUUGAAUUCACAUGUACUUGUCUUUAAUAAGAAGAAGUGAAGCUUUUUGCUGCAAUUUCAGACCUGGUGCUUCCUUCUUUUUGGUAUUAUUUGUGGUUUCUCUUAAAGCCAUUUUAUGGUUCUACAUACUGGGUACUGUGAAGUUAUUCAUGAAUUCAAGCCCUUAUAGCCUGGAGCUCAGUUUUCAAGAGGGUGUAUUUCUAAAUUUUCAUCUGUAGCCAGUAGUUUUAUGUGCAUAAUAUUUGACUGCAUACAACAUUAUGUAUGAAUGUUUUAUGUAGAUCUUAAAAUGAUCUCCUCAUUUAUACCAAAGUGAUUAACCAAUCAAAUUAGACCUUGGAAAAUCUGCUUCCCAACUGUCCGUGAAACGUACAGGCGCCCCAACUCUUUGAGCUGGCCUACUAAGAAUUUUCAGGGACAAGUUUGAAAUGCAUGAUUCUGAGCACUGUGAGUGCUGUGAUACAUGAAAUGGGAAUAAAGAUUGAGCUCUUGGGAAUGACAUACCUUUAAAAAGGCAUACUUUGAAUUGUAUAUCAAGAAUAUUGGCCCCCGAGGUUUGUUCUGAGGAGUGCAAACAACACCCUAAGCUUAACACCCUGAAAACACCCCAUUUAUGUCAAUCAUACUUGCACUUGCAGUGCACACAUUUCCCAGGGUAGGCGAGCUGGGAUGCCAGCCCCAAAUACACAUGCUUCUCGGUAACUUUGGAUGCUAAUUCUCCAGGGUAAAGAAAUGAUGCUCAUCACAGCUCAAACAAAAUCAUGUCACUGAUGUACAUGUAUGAUAAUCCAAUCUAUAAAUUGUCUGGUGAAAUGAAUGUUGUAGAAUAUACGUUUAUAUUUGUGUGUUGAAAAUAAUUGUAUUUUAUAGUCCUGCACCGUUGUGUACCGGUAGAUUGUAAUUACUUGUGGCGCAGGAAAAUAGUAAGACACAUGGCUGCCGUACUGUAAAUGGGGUUGUCAUUGUGAUGAAAAUUUACUCGUGGAUUAUGACCAUGUACACAGCCACUGUGUUGAAUUUUGUAUUCAAUGCAAUAUUGAAAAUCUCGAUUCUCUAUUUCAAAUUUUGAAUGGACGGCGUGGGCUUAAGAAUGGGUUGUUGUGAGAUUAGUAAUGUUCAUUCAAAAUGUUUUAGAGGAGCUCUGAGGAGUAGUGACACAUUCAUAAUUUGUAGGGACAGCAUUUUUCUGCCCCAAAGGUGUCCUUUAAUCAAAGUGAGGUUCUGCUGCGAGUGAAACGUUUCAGCGAAUGUCUUUUACUUAUCAAUCCCAUCAAAAAGGAGAUUCAGUACAUGCAACUUGAAACAAAAGUGUUUAACUUGAAUGCUUUGUACAAUGAAUCGUGUUUAUACUGUAAUUAUCUGCAAUCAAUUAUAUGUUCACUGUUAUCAAACGCAUGCGGUAACUAAUUUGCAUUGUUUUUUUCUUCAUGUUUCAAUGAAAUUGAUUAUCAAUGGGUGCUUUUGUUGAAUUGUAAAAAAAAUGUGGUGUCUAUGUAUAAAGAUUCUCCCAAAUGUCUUGAUUUGUGAAAUUGUCCGUGGAUCAUGAUAAAUAUUUGUCAUUGAUGAUAACAAGAAAUGAUAAAGACUCGUCUCUCUUAAAAUUCUUGAUGAUAACUAUUUGUGAAUACAUGUAUAUAUGAGGUCUAGGCAUCAGAUUUUCCACACCUUCCGCUAAGUUUAACAGUGCAAUCAUUCUGAUUUUGAUGGCAUUUCGCUCACCUUAUCCCGUUUUGGCUAAAGCCUAUAGCCAGGUGCUGGGACUAUGAGUUAGUCAGGUCACACCGGUUUAAAUUUCUUGAAAUAAACAUGGGAUGCCAUCAUUGCUGCAAAACAUUUCAGGAAAUUUUGACCUAUGAAUUUAUUUUCUUAACUCUUUUUAUUCCUUCAGUUGCUUUAUUCAUUUUCAAAGGUCAAUGACAAUGAAUAGUAAGUUAAAUUCAGCAAAAGACUUGGGACUGAAACAUCUAAAUGUCUUGCUCUGUAUGCAUGGUGUCCUCUGGCGUGGAGGAAAAGUCAGGUUGUAUGUGAUCUGGAUCUUUGGCCUAAGAUAGCUUAGAAAUUUAUUCUUCAAUUAACAUAAUCAUAAAAAACAUAUCUUUUGAAAUGAAUAUCAAUAUAUCAGGAUGCAGAUUAUUAUACAAAAUGUAGAAAAGUAUAGGAGUGGAUGUAAUGACCUGGCAGAAAGCCAGUGGUCCCAGGUCAAUAGUCAAAACUGAAUUGUCAUGUAAAAUGCACACCGAUACUGUGAACUGUGAAAUUUUUGCAAUGAUGAAAGUUGGCGAAUUUGUUUUUUUCCAAAUGGUGAUUCAUUAAAAAUCGCGUUGGCUGCCAACAUUUGAUGUGCAUUACAGUUUGAAUUUUCACACUUUUAAGCUUGUGUUAGACAGUUGCGAAAAACGUAAUGCUGAAAAAAAUUUCAUGGUUUACAUUAUCGGAGUUUUCCACACCCACAUGCAACUCCACGGAUCUUGGCUUGAUGCUAUAUCCUCCUGAAAGAUUUUUGCAUGAUGCGUCAUUUUACUGUCUAUAUGUUACCUUUCAUAUCCCUAUAUUUUCCGUUCAAGCUUUGGCGAAAAAAAGUUGUAAAUCAGCUCAACAUCUAUUCUUCGAUGUAACCUGUACGCGCAGCUCUUUCCAUUUGAACUCUGAAGCCCGAGAUGCGACAUCAAAUAGAAAGGCCGAACAUAGUUGCUUGGGUGUCCUGUCCUUGCCACCGUAAAAAAGAAUGUGACAAAUAUCCUCCAUAUUUCUGUUGCUAGGACCCUGUGUUAUAUGUACAGUCCAUUCAAGGGCCUGGCUUAGAGUUGGCUUUCUUGAUCUGGUCUUGUGCAGAGAGGUGGUCGGCAUUGACUCGGCUAAGUGGGCGCACAGAGAGAUUGCUGCUGAUCCCAUGUAGGGUGAAUGUGUGUAGCUUUUGCAUCAGUGAUGCCUUUUUAAUGCUGGUCAUAUUCAUGAUAUCAUUGUUUGUUGCUGUUCAAGAAUUUUCUACUUGUGUUAUUCCAGGUCUUCUGCUUUUGAUGAUCUGAUUGCUGCUUUUAUGACCAAUAAAUGAUAA